UUUCGCCCAGAUGUUCUUAAUGAUCCUGACAGAUAAGAGUCGCGCUUUUGUUGUCACUAGUAUCUCACCAUAUUAAGCAUCCUCAAACCAUGUAGAGCUCUUUAAUUUUCUCUUCUAGGCUUUGCAUUUCCGGGAGGGAGGGAGAGAGAUAGAGAGAAAGUCCAAGAUGGUCCUGAAGCAUCUCCUUCGAUCCAAUCUCACGUCCCAGGCUGGUGAAUUUGUAAGACAUGUUGCUGCUUCUGGAAGGUUGCAGGGGCAGAUCCCUGUACUUGCCCGAUUGUACAGUGCCGAAGCAUCUCUGCAGAAAGAAGAUCCAGCAGCUGAGUUCAAGGACCGAAAGGAGUUUAAGGGACAUGAUAUGUUGGCACCAUUCACUGCUGGGUGGCAGAGCAGCGAUUUAAAUCCUCUGGUUAUUGAAAAGUCUGAGGGUUCAUAUGUGUAUGAUGUCAAUGGGAAGAAGUUUCUUGAUUCCCUGGCUGGUCUAUGGUGCACAGCUUUAGGUGGAAAUGAACCCAGACUUGUUGCAGCUGCAACUGCACAAUUAAACACCUUGCCAUUUUAUCACUCCUUCUGGAAUCGUACCACAAAACCCUCCUUGGAACUCGCAAAGGAGCUUCUUGAGCUCUUUACGGCAAACAAAAUGGGGAAGGCCUUUUUCACAAAUAGUGGAUCAGAAGCUAAUGAUUCUCAGGUGAAGUUGGUUUGGUACUAUAACAAUGCACUGGGAAGGCCAAAUAAGAAGAAGUUUAUUGCACGGCAAAAAUCAUACCAUGGGUCAACUUUGAUAUCAGCUAGCCUUUCUGGCCUUCCAGCUCUUCAUCAAAAAUUUGAUCUGCCUGCACCAUUUGUGUUGCAUACUGACUGCCCGCAUUAUUGGCGGUUUCAUUUGCCAGGUGAGACAGAGGAGGAGUUUUCUACCCGAUUAGCAAAUA